GGCCCUGUUUGAGUUGGCAGACACUGCACUCUCGGGGAACAUUUGCUGCCUUUGCAGAAAGGCCAGUGGCGGUGGCUCUGAUCGAGCAGCGGUGAUUCUAGGGGCAGGAUGAGCUUUUUCCAAGUCUGCUCACUUUCAGGAAACACAUUUUGCUGUUUCUUCCCUCUGUGUUUGAAAAACGGGAGGAAGGAGUCGAGGGAAAAGAGCGCGAGCAGUGGGAGCCGAUGACACAAUUCAAGUGUAAGGUUGCUUGUCCAGUGGUGGCAUCCUGUGGAGCUACAGAUCAGAGGUGAGGCGGCUGCUUUAACACCACUGAGACUGAAGACUGCUUUAAAAUAAGCAAGUUCUUACAGAAGGUUUUUAAGUCAUGAUGCAAGAAUCUGGGGCGGAGGUGACAAGCAACGGACCAGCCAAUCAUAAGGGAGAAGCAAAUGCGGAGGGCGUGUCCAGGGAUGGUCGGCCCAAGAGCGCCAUGCCAUCGGUGGAGGUGACUGCAGCUGACCUGCUGCAUCUCCAGCAGCACCAGGCUCUGCAAGUGGCUCGCCAGAUACUUGUCCAGCAGCAACAACAGUCACAACAUCAAACCAUCGGCCGCAAGUCGCCUUCCGGCAGCGACAAACGGCAAAGCCUCCAGGUUCCAGUGUCAGUGGCUAUGAUGACACCUCAAGUGAUAACUCCACAGCAGAUGCAGCAGAUUCUACAGCAACAAGUCCUGAGCCCUCAGCAGCUCCAGGUUCUUCUCCAGCAGCAGCAGGCCCUCAUGUUACAGCAGCAACUCCAGGAGUUCUACAAGAAGCAGCAGGAACAGCUCCACCUCCAGCUCCUCCAGCAGCAGCAUGCAGGCAGCAAACAGAGCAAAGAGCAGUUGGUGUCAGCACAGCAGUUGGCCUUCCAGCAGCAGCUCCUGCAGGUUCAGCAGGUCCAGCAGCAACAUCUGCUCAACCUCCAGAGGCAGGGGCUGCUCACCAUCCAGCCUGGACAGACGGGCCUGCCUCUGCACUCCCUCACUCAGGGCAUGAUUCCAGCAGAGCUGCAGCAGUUGUGGAAGGAGGUGACAAACGCUCACGUGAAGGAGGAACACAACAACAACAACAGCAGCAACAACAACAACAGCAACGGCCACCGAGGACUCGACCUGUCCUCCCCGACACCACCAAAGAACCCUCUCAUCAACCAGCACACCUCCACCAACGGCCAGUUCAUGAGCCACAAGAGAGAAGGAUCGACGAUAGAAGAGCCCUCCCCGCACAGUCAUCCUCUCUAUGGCCAUGGUGUUUGCAAGUGGCCCGGCUGUGAGGCCGUGUUUGAUGAUUUUCAGUCAUUCCUCAAACAUCUUAACAAUGAGCACGCCCUGGACGACCGGAGCACAGCCCAGUGUCGGGUACAAAUGCAAGUCGUCCAACAGCUGGAGCUGCAGCUAGCAAAAGACAAAGAACGUCUGCAAGCUAUGAUGACGCACCUUCAUGUCAAGUCCACAGAGCCCAAAGCCACCCCACAGCCGCUCAACUUGGUGUCCAGCGUCACUCUGUCCAAGUCGGCCCCUGCAGCCUCGCCCCCUCUGAGCCUGCCGCAGACCCCCACCACCCCCACCACCCCCCUCACACCCCUGUCCCAGACCCACUCUGUCAUCACGGCCAACAGUCUCCACAGCGUGGGCCCCAUGAGACGCCGCUACUCCGAAAAGUACAACAUGCCCAUCUCUCCAGAUAUCAGUCAGAACAAAGAGUUUUACAUGAACGCAGAUGUUCGGCCGCCAUUCACGUACGCCUCACUAAUAAGACAGGCGAUCCUCGAGUCUCCAGAAAAGCAGCUAACACUAAACGAAAUCUACAACUGGUUCACACGAAUGUUUGCAUAUUUUAGACGCAACGCAGCUACGUGGAAGAAUGCAGUCCGGCAUAAUCUUAGUCUUCACAAGUGUUUUGUGCGAGUAGAAAAUGUAAAAGGGGCUGUGUGGACAGUCGACGAAAUAGAGUUCCAAAAGAGACGGCCUCAAAAGAUCAGCGGAAGUCCAGCCUUAGUGAAGAACAUUCAGACCGGUUUGGGCUACGGUCCGACGCUUUCUGCUGCCUUCCAGGCUUCAAUGACAGAAAACAACAUACCUCUAUACACUACUGCUUCCAUUGGAAGUCCCACCCUCCACUCCCUGGCCAACGCCAUCCGUGAGGAGAUGAAUGGAGCGAUGGACCAUGGAAACAGCAAUGGCAGUGACAGCAGCCCGGGACGCUCACCCCUGCCAGCUAUGCAUCACAUCAGCGUUAAGGAGGAACCACUGGAUCCUGAGGACCACGACGGGCCCCUCUCCCUGGUCACGACUGCAAAUCACAGUCCGGAUUUUGAUCACCACAGAGAUUACGAGGAUGAGCCGGGCCAUGAUGACAUGCUGUAAGGUUCAUGUGCCCUCCUGGUCUCAGAGGCCAAGGCAUUAUGGGUAAUCUGUCAGAUGGAUUCGCUCCACAGAUGCAAACACUGAACUGCGGUCUCAGCCACUGAUGACAGCUCGCAAAUGUCUCCAAGAAACUUUUAGUGCCAUUACAUCACACUCAAACAACAGUUUUUAAUACUUUCUACUUUUAAGUUAUGCUUACAAAGCGAGAAGAAACUUUAUUUGUACUCGUUGUGAAUGGAUUUGUUUGGUACGGGGCGCGGUGGACUUUGAGAGGACAGAACGGGCUGAGACACGCCCCGCCCACAGCCCGCCCCCUCUCUCUCGGACACACGUUUGACCACAGAGUGGCGAGAAAGUGCGAGAGUGACUGACGUUUAAUGUGCAUGGCGGCUGUGCAGGAGACGGCGUGCUGACUGUGUUCAUUGUCACUGCCUUCAACACUUCUCAUUGGUUUGAUCCACUGAGGGUGGGAGGGGCUUUUUCCUUUUCUGGGAGGGUGAAUUCUUAAAAGGGUGAGAGGUGAUGAAAUGUCAUCGUGUGUCUCUGUCCUUUCACUGUUGUUGUUGUUGUUUCUUUAAACUGAUCAGACCUCAUGGCCGUGCUGUGGACAUUUCUGUGGUCAGCAGCACUUAUUGAUGAAUGUUUCUGGUUUCUUUGAUGAUCUUCUUCUUUAAACGCUCCCACAGCAGAAUGUCAAACACCAGCUAGUAUUUUUCUGUCAUUUAUUCCACAGUCUUCAGAAAGUCGCUGGCCCCGCCCCCUCCCACUCCUGAAGUUCAUUGGCAAUGCACUACUCAUAAUGAAGGUUCUCUCCACGCAUCAAUGAAGUUUAAUUUAAGAUGCGAAUGAAUGACAGAGAAAUCAUGCAGGUUAUGAUUUAUCUUUAUGAAAUUAUACUUUAAAACAGCCCCUCGCGGCGCAGCGCGCUGAGCUGCAAGCCAAUUUCUGAUCACUUGCGAAGCUCUGUUUUUGAAAGAAGAAUGAAAAUGUCAGGUGAGCACUGCAGAGAUAAUAAUUUAGACCAACUAAUUGUGAUUCCUCAACACGCCAUCACUGUUAAUCAAACGCGUCACGUUCUCCACACUGUAACUUCAUCCCAGCCCUGGGUGAAGAUAAAGGCGCGCUCCCUGUAGCUCGACUUGUAUCACACGCAUGAUGAGUUUACGCGAUGGUGAGUGCUGGUAAUUACACACCAAAUAGAAUCUUCAUUUUCAUGCAUCUAGGGAAAAUACCAGGAUUGAAAUAUUUAACAUUCCAGCAUUAGGCAGUCAUCACCCAAACAUGGUCACUAUUUAGGGAGUGUGGAUUCUUCCUCCAUGGUCAGUGUCACCCCCAAAAAUUUAAAAAAUUUAUUUAAAAAACUCUACAGGUGGCCCCAGAUCACAGACUGGUUUCACAGGUCAGAAAUGAUGCUGGAUGCGCUCAGACUCCAGGAUACACUGCGGCUGGUCUGCCUGGCAGCUACAUUCAGACACCACAUGCAUGCCAUCACUUUUAUUAGCCGUUAGCUAUAAUGCCAUGAUUGUUCCUUGCAGAUAGCUUGAGCCUGGUAUCUGUGUACUUGGCGCUUGUCUUGGUAUUGCCAACAGUCCUGUUCAUGAUGUUCACGGAUGGCAUUUCAAGGCACAGUCAGGGAUUGAGAGGGUCCAAUUUGGUGACCUCAGAAUUACGUCGCUGCUUGCUUGCGGAUGAUGUUGUUCUAUUGGCUUCAUCAGACUGUGACCUGUGAUGUGCCAGGAGCAGGUCUGAAGUGACUGGAAUGAGGAUCAGCACCUCCCGAUUGGAUUUUCCCCUCUGGGUCGGGGAGAGUUACUGCCCCAAGUGUCCAUGUUGGGCAGUUCAAGUAUCUCGAGGACUUGUUCACAAAUGGGGGGCAAGAUGGAGUGAGAGACUGAUAGGCAGACUGGGGCUGUCUGAGGUCCUGGGGAUGCUGUACUGAAUAAUCAUGGUGAAGAAAGAAUUGAGCCAGAAGAUGAAGCUCUGGAUUUACCAGUCAGGUUUCGCUCCUGUCGUCACCUAUGGUUGUGGGUUUUAGGUACUGACUGAAAGAAAAAGGUCACAGAUACAAGCAGCAGAAAUGAGAUUACUCCAUCGGGUAUCUGCUGCUUCUUCACAUCGAAAGGAGCUAGCUGAGGUGGUUCAUCUGCUGAAGAUGCCCCCUGGUCACCUGGCUGGAGAGGUCUUCCAUGCACAUCCACCUGGGAGGAGAUGCUGGAGGAAGUAUAACUCCCACCUGACUUGGGAACGCCUCAGAAUCCCCUAGGAAGACUGAGAGGACUUAACCAGUGAUAAGGAAGUGUGGACUGAGCUGCUCAGUCUGCUGUCACAGUGACCAGGACCUGGGUAAUUGGCAGAAAAUGAAUGAAUUAAUAAGUGUAGAAAAAACUGAGGUCAGGUCUGUGAGUGUACACUAGUGCUUCAGGACUCUACAUCUGUCACCUGGUUGGGAACUCUGGGAAGACCAACAGUUCUUCCAAAAGAAAUGAAUCGUGAUGGAAUUUACAUUGUGCUAUUCUUGAAUCAUGAUUCCUUUCAGAAAUCACUUGCUCAUGUCGCCUGACUGUGAACUAAGAACACGUUCCCUUCAAAAUUUUGGCAAGAAAAAAGAAAACAUUUUUGUGUGCGUGACAUCACUCUGUGAAAUAAGUGGGUGGAGCCACGACCAGGCCAUGCCUACAAUCUGGAAGUAAAUUCCACACCCCCACCCCCCCAUAUUGAAUGAGUAAUUUUGUUGAAAUGAAUAAGUGGGGUGUGGUGGCGUCUGAAAACAUGCAGCGGUGCACCGACUCGUUUGCCGGAACCACGUCUAUACAAUUUCCUCUGACCCGCUAAUACGAGCCGACGCGCGUAACUGAUUUGAAAAUUAAGAUAGUUUAUGUCAACGUGUCACUCUGUGACCGCCUGUAGGUGGCAGCACUGAACCGAGGAGAAUCCACUGCUACAAAGGUCCAGCUUUGACAGAAUGAUAAGACAGCAGUCAACCACUUUGAUGUUUUAAUUUAUUGUUAGGUUUGUUUUUCUUUGUUUGUUCUCAUUUGUUAUUGUGUUUAAAUAACUUGUUGUGUGACUACCAAAGAAAACUAAGUAGAUGUUGUGUGUUCUACGCAACAGCAGGUGAGGCCAAAUGUUGGCUCGGGCGUGAUGCGGAGGGACGGAGCGGCAGAACGCUCCUCAAACUCACGUAGGAACCAAAGCAGCAGUACGGUAUGCAGUGACCAAACUGAGUGCGCGGAGCUUCCACUCUGAACACAUUACGAGUAAAUUAGUGAGCA